CCUUACGUGAGUGAAUGACAUCAUUCAGUGCAUUGCCCCCCUCUUCCUCCCUCCUCCUUUUUCAGACGGGCUGCUGCUGCUACUGGGGCUGCCUGCUAGGACGCAACUCACAGCCGGGGAAAUAAUGCCCUGCCCAGCAGCGGUUUUGCUUAUUUGAGGAGGUGACAUAUGCAUACCAAGUAGUUACAAGUCCGGGGAUAUCCCCGUGUUUUUUGAUUAGGAUGAGCAUGGAAGAUUAUGACUACUUGUUCAAAAUAGUUCUCAUAGGAAAUGCUGGAGUCGGGAAAACAUGUCUCGUCCGGCGCUUCACUCAGGGCCUUUUCCCACCUGGACAAGGGGCUACUAUUGGAGUAGAUUUCAUGAUAAAAACUGUGGAAAUCAAAGGGGAGAAGGUCAAGUUGCAGAUUUGGGACACAGCUGGCCAGGAGAGAUUUCGCUCCAUUACUCAGAGUUAUUACCGUAGUGCCAAUGCCCUCAUUCUCACGUACGACAUUACCUGUGAGGACUCCUUCAGGUGCCUUCCAGAGUGGCUGAGGGAGAUUGAGCAGUAUGCCAACAACCAAGUUGUGACUAUAUUAGUCGGAAAUAAAAUUGAUUUGGCAGACAAGAGAGAAGUUCUCAGGCAGAGGGCUGAAGACUUCGCUCAGACUCAGAGCAUGCUAUAUCUGGAGACGUCGGCCAAAGAGUCCGACAACGUUGAGAAGCUUUUCCUCGACCUGGCGUGUGAACUCAUUCGAGAGGCCAAACAGAACAAGUUGGAUAACAAUGACACUGCCCCAAUGCCCGGCGAGGGUAAAACCAUCAGUUAUUUGAACUGCUGCAGUCUCAAUUAAAGGAAGCUCAGCGGCCAGACUGUGCUAACACAGCAGCCAUUGACUGUAGAACGUAGAUAGCUGAGCCCCAAUGCCUCCGUCUCACUAAGAUGGCGUGAAGCCAACACUCCGUUUGGGAAAUUCUAGUCUCUUGCCUCUUUUAAGCUUUACAAGGGAGCUAGGUAAUUUUGUUUAAAAACAACCUGUCGCCACACUUUUUUUUUCAGGGACAGAAAUUAGCUGUCUGAUACUUUCUGGGACUUUGUGUUUAUAAAUGGUAAAAGGGCAGGAUUUUCCUGUUUGGGCUUCAAAAGUCAUCCUAUAUCAGUAUUCACCAGCAGUAUUAUGAAGGCAAAAAACAGCUCUGCCAGGUAUUUUGUUAUAAAUCCCUCCCACCUGACAUCUUUCAUUGUUACUUACCAUGUUUACAUUACUCUACAUUUAUGAGAUUACCAAGUUGGAUCAAAAUGCAAAAAAAGGCUUUGAAAUUGUACCGUCGGUUCAGAUGCACAUUAAUGCUCCCUGUACCAUAUUUUCCAGACUAUAAGUCGCACCAGCCAUUAAAUGUAGUAUAAUGAAGAAGAAAAAAACAUACAUAAGUUGCAUUUUGGGGAGAAAUUUUAUUAUUUUUCUUAACAAAUUCUGAGACCAAGCAUUUCACAUUGCAAGACAAGUACCAGUAACAAUAACAGAAUAAACAACCAGCUGUUGCAUCAGCGGUAUGCGCAGCAGCUCGCCACGGUCUCCAGCAGAGAAUGGCGGUGUUUCAAACCCUCCCAGUGGGACAGAGAGCUCAUUCCUGGGUCGGAGCCGGCCCGCAGCAGCGCGGUAUAGCCUACAUAAUUUGGUAUACAAGUCGCAGGACCAGCCAGACUUUUAAAAAAAAGUGUGACUUAUAGUCCAGAAAAUACAGUAAUUUCUUCUGCUCUGAGAAUCACAUUCAGUGUUUUUGGCUUUUGUCCUUUCUGAAUCACGUUUGCACCUCUCAUUAUUAUUACAUACUGUGAAACGUUGUUUCCUAAACAAACUUUUUUUUACUUGCAGCUAGCGUGUGUUUUUAUGUCGACUAACAAAAACAGAAAUGCAUAAAAUCGACUAUUGUGUGAGGCAUUUAUUUUUUAGUAUUCUGGCAGGGCUUGUGAUAGUUCAUGUAAUUUGAUGCUGUUGGACAUUUCUAUUAAAACAACUUAUACGUAGUUUAUUCAACUUUAAUUUUUUUUGAUUGUCAGCUGUUUUAUUUUUAUCCGUACAUGUACUCCUGCAUUUGUUGCAGCUGCCUAGUCACAAAGUUGUUUGAAGGAAUUUGUCCAUAGCUCUCUAUAACUUGUUGUUUCAUAUGCUUUCGAAAAAAGAUUAUUUUAAUGCUCAGCAUGGUAGUUUUGUCUGAAAUGAUGUUUCAUUUAUUUGCCAUAACUGCAAUCAGCUGUAUUGCACAAUGCCAUAUACUGCACACUUUUAUGUUUUAUUUGUAACAUUUUAGUGUUUUGUUGUACAGAUUUAGUAGUGUAGUACAUUUUGGCACUUUUCUAAUUUUGUAUUUAGUCAUAUUUCUGUUAGAAUGGUGAGCUUUCUGUUUUGCCUUGUAUUUUAGAUUUAAUUGCAGCUGCUUGUGGUUAAUUCUUUGCAUCUUCCUCUCAACUCAAAGUGGGUAAUACAACAGAAACGCUGUGGGGAUGUUGUGCUUUUUUGUGUACAAAAUGAUCCCUAAAAUACCCUGUAAAACAUUAAACAGCUACACUAAUUA